CGGUACCUUUAAAUAAUGUUUUACCAUAUAUCGCUAGAACAUGAGAUACUGCUUCAUCCGCGAUAUUUCGGACCGCAGCUAAUCGAAACAGUUAAGCAGAAGCUUUACACCGAGGUCGAAGGUACCUGUACGGGCAAGUACGGGUUCGUGAUUGCUGUAACAACGAUUGAUGAUAUCGGUUCCGGCACGAUUCAACCGGGCCAAGGGUUUGUGGUGUAUCCGGUCAAGUACAAAGCGAUCGUUUUCCGACCUUUCAAGGGUGAAGUGCUGGAUGCAACCGUAAAGCAGGUAAAUAAGGUGGGAAUGUUUGCGGAAAUUGGUCCGCUUUCCUGCUUCAUCUCGCAUCACUCCAUUCCGGCCGAUAUGCAGUUCUGUCCGAAUGGUGCACCACCGUGCUAUCGGGCAAUCAACGGUGAAAGUGUUAUUGCGGCAGAAGAUAAAAUUCGACUCAAAAUCGUCGGAACGCGUGUUGAUGCGACCGGUAUUUUUGCAAUCGGCACAUUGAUGGACGAUUAUCUCGGCCUGGUCGGUAGCUAAUCAUUAGAUGGAAUGAGCGAUUUCUCGUGCCACCCG